AUGCUUUUGGAUAUCCGCCUAGGCAGGGGAGCAGAACCACAGGACUCGGCCAUCCAGAAACCCGCACUCAGCCGGCGCCGGCGGCUCGCGGCCAUCCAGAACCCUGCACUCAGCCGGCGCCGGUGGCUCGUGGCCAUCCAGAACCCUGCACUCAGCCGGCGCCGGCGGCUCGCGGCCAUCCAGAAACCCGCACUCAGCCGGCGCCGGCGGCUCACGGCCGAAGAAAAGGCUUCUCUUUUACAUCGUACUCAGGAAGAAAGACGGAAAAGAGAGGAGGAAAGGCGAAGAUUGAAAAAUGCAAUAAUUAUCCAGUCAUUCAUUCGAGGCUACAGAGACAGAAAACAGCAAUACUCCAUUCAGAGAAGCGCGUUUGACCGCUGUGCCAGCGCAGCCCAGGCUCGCGGCACCUCCGUUGCAAGUGCUCCAAACCUUACCUUCCUGGUACGGCAGCUUCUGUUCUUUUAUAAACAAAGUGAAGACUCAAAGCGCCUGAUAUGGCUGUAUCAGAACUUGAUUAAACAUAGCUCUCUGUAUGUCAAGCAGUUGGAUGGAUCAGAAAGGCUGACAUGCUUAUUUCAGAUCAAGAGGUUGAUGAGCCUCUGCUGCAGGCUGCUGCUAAACUGCAAUGAUGACAGUUUGAAUGUCGCCCUUCCAAUGAGAAUGCUUGAGGUGUUUUCAUCUGAGAGUACUUACCUGCCUGUUUUGGAAGAUACUAGCGAUGUGGUAUCAGUGAUCGAACAGAUUUUGCACUACAUGGUUCACAGUGGAUAUUAUAGGUCUCUCUACUUGUUAAUUAACAGCAAGCUUCCAUCAAGUGUUGAAUAUUCUGAUUUAUCUCGAGUUCCUAUCGCAAAAACAUUGCUGGAGAAUGUCCUCAAACCACUGCACUUUACGUACAACUCCUGUCCAGAAGGCACGAGGCAGCAAGUUUUCUCCGCCUUCACAGAAGAGUUUCUGACAGCACCUUUCACAGAUCAGAUUUUUCAUUUUGUCAUUCCGGCGUUAGCAGAUGUACACACUGUUUUCCCCUAUGAGCCCUUUCUGAAUGCACUGUUACCGGAGAGUAGAUAUUCAAAAAGGAGCAGUGGCGCACCAUGGCUUUUCUAUUUUGUCUUAACAGUUGGCGAAAAUUAUUUGGGGGUGCUCUCGGAAGACGGCCUGCUGGUGUACCUGCGUGUUCUCCAGACCUUCCUCUCCCAGCUCCCCGCCUCACCCACUGGUGCCAGCCACCGGGACUCGUCCAGCGACUCUGAGGAUGAACAGGAGGAGGCAGACCAACGCACCAGCCCUGAGGACGGCAGGGUCUCGACCCCAUACAUAACUGAGGAGUGUCUGAAGAAGCUGGACACAAAGCAGCAGACCAACACCCUGUUGAACCUAGUGUGGAGGGACUCGGCCAGUGAGGAAGUCUUCACCAGGAUGGCCUCCAUCUGCCACACGCUGAUGGUGCAGCACCGCAUGGUGGUGCCCAAAGUCAGGCUCCUCUACAGCUUAGCCUUCAAUGCCAGGUUUCUGAGGCACCUUUGGUUUCUCAUCUCUUCCAUGACAACGCAGAUGAUCACAGGGUCCAUGGUGCCGUUGCUGCAGGUGAUCUCCAGGGGCUCCCCCAUGUCUUUCGAAGACUCUGGGCGGAUCAUCCCCCUCUUUUACCUCUUCAGCUCCCUAUUCAGCCACUCGCUGAUUUCUAUCCAUGACAAUGAGUUCUUCGGUGACCCCAUCGAAGCUGUAGGCCAGAGACGGCCAUCCAUGAUGCCUUUCUCUCUGGAGGAGCUUGUCCUGCUGUCCCGCUGUCUGCGCGACGCCUGUCUGGGCAUCAUCAAGCUGGCCUAUCCCGAGACGAAGCCCGAGGUGCGUGAGGAGUACCUGGUGGCCUUUCAGAGCGUCGGGGUGAGCACCAGCUCUGAGAUGCAGCAGUGCAUACAGAGGGAGCAGAGGCGCUGGGUCCAGCUCUUCAAGGUUAUCACCAACCUGGUGAAAAUGCUGAAGUCCAGAGACACAAGGAGAAGCUUCUGUCCUCCGAACCACUGGCUGUCAGAGCAAGAGGAUAUUAAAGCAGAUAAGGUCACCCAGCUCUACGUCCCUGCUUCCAGGCACGUUUGGAGGUUCCGGCGGAUGGGCAGGAUCGGCCCGCUGCAGUCUGCUCUGGAGGUGGGUCUGGAGUCCCCGCCACUGUCCGUGUCUGAGGAGCGGCAGCUUGCCAUCCUGACAGAACUGCCUUUCGUGGUUCCUUUUGAGGAGCGAGUGAAGAUCUUUCAAAGGUUAAUUUAUGCAGAUAAGCAAGAAGUUCAAGGAGAUGGUCCAUUUCUAGAUGGAAUAAAUGUCACAAUAAGAAGGAACUAUAUUUAUGAGGAUGCUUAUGACAAACUGUCCCCAGAAAAUGAACCAGAUUUGAAAAAGCGGAUUCGUGUGCACUUGCUCAACGCCCAUGGCUUGGAUGAAGCUGGCAUCGAUGGUGGGGGUAUUUUUCGAGAGUUUUUAAAUGAACUACUAAAAUCCGGAUUUAACCCCAACCAGGGAUUCUUUAAGACCACUAAUGAAGGGCUUCUGUACCCGAACCCAGCUGCCCAGAUGCUUGUGGGAGAUUCUUUUGCCAGACAUUACUACUUCUUAGGCAGGAUGCUCGGAAAGGCGCUUUAUGAAAACAUGCUCGUGGAGCUGCCCUUCGCAGGCUUUUUCCUGUCCAAGCUGCUGGGGACCAGUGCCGACGUGGACAUCCAUCACCUGGCCUCCUUGGACCCCGAGGUGUACAGGAACCUUCUGUUUCUCAAAAGCUAUGAGGAGGAUGUGGAAGAGCUGGGGCUGAACUUCACUGUGGUGAACAACGACCUGGGGGAGGCCCAGGUGAGUCCCAGAGCCCGGGCUUCUGCAGUGCUGCAGAGGGCAAAGCAGGUGAGGCAGUAUGCAGCUGUCAGUGCUUGGCCAUUGCAGAAGCGCAACCCCGAGUGUGGCAAAUCAGAGCCAGAGUGGCCGUGGGAAGCGGAGUGUGGCGGCCUCAUGGUGCAGGGAGAGGGCAGUGUGGUGAACUUGCCGCCAGACAGUAACCGCGCCCUGCGCCCUGCCUUGCAGGAGCUGUACCCUGCCUUCUGCAUUCACAACGGAGGCUCGGACCUGGAGCGGCUCCCCACAGCCAGCACCUGCAUGAACCUGCUCAAGCUCCCGGAGUUCCACGACGCGUCCCUUCUGCGAAGCAAGCUGCUCUACGCCAUCGAGUGUGCUGCCGGCUUCGAGCUGAGCUGAGCUGAGCUGGCCGGGCCGGGCCGGGCUGAGCUGGAGCGAGCCUGGGCUGACCCCCGCAGCCAGCACUGCCAGACCCUGGAGUGGGGUGCCCAGGCCGGGCCGUGCUCUCCUGCGUCUCCCUCUGGCAUUUCUCCCCUCCAUUUUUAGAUCCUUUUUAUUACAACAUGGCCACUGAACUGGUUGGACAUUGCUUUUCAGAUAACUUGAAAUCUCCAUUGUUAUGUGCCAUGUGGCUUCGUAAUUUUGCCAAGAAGAGCACAGUUUUUAGACUAGAGGCAACUCAGUGAAAUGAACCAAAGAUGACACUUUGGCCUUGCCGACCUUUAGCAUGCGUCCUGAGCUGCCGCCGGGCCCGGGCCCCGCGGACGUCUGUGGUCUGCAGAGAGGGAGAGGGGGCUGUGGAGCGAAGCCGCAGCACCACGGAGCCGCCCGCGGCCACCGCUUCCGUGUGGUUGAGUGUUUACAAGCCUAAUUGUCACAACUAAAGGCAUGAUUUCCUGCUGCCUUUUCCCAAAGUGGUUAGGUUUGGAAAAUAGAAACAAUGGUAUUAUUUUUAUUUUAUUUGUGCUUUUCAAGCCAUUCUCCCCCAGGCGGGACUCGCAUGCUCGUGGUUACCCCUGACCCGCGCCGUGCGGCCAGUCGGGCGGUUGGUGUGUGGCUGUGCGGUGGGUUCUCUGCUGUUCCUGUCUGCUGUGGGCUUGGCAAGCUGUCGAGGAGGAGGAGGAGCACGCUCCCCAGGCCAGUGUGUCACCUGCACCAAGGGACGGGUGAGGAGCGUGGGAACUGCAGCUUCUAUUAAAGCCGUUUGAACCAAAGUGGUGGGCUGCGUCUCUCCGUGACCCCCGGCCCCGGCCCGGCCACGCCGCCACCAGCCUGGGCGUCCUGGGGACCGUCCAGCUCGGCACCCUCUGCUGCUGCUUGGCACAUGCGGGCUUCCCCAGCACGUGUCAGAGAAGAUCCGGGUGGGUCUCAUGUCGGCACUUUAUCAGAGCCUGGGAGCGCUUGCCAGGGACCGUGUCCUCCGCCAGCGGAGUCGCGUGGGGCGAGCCGCAGCCCCGCACACGCAGGUGCAUGCGAGCC